GUUGCAGGUUCAUUGGAAGGCACAAUUAUUGUAGAAGAGAUAUCCUUUUCAUAGCAACUUCACAGAAACAUCUUCUGUCACAGUUAAACUCAGAUUUCUCACAAUCUCCUGAGAUGAAGGUGAAUGUCUUCGUUUUCGCCGUGGCUCUACUUGGUGCCUUCCAACCUCGCUAUGAAUGUAGAGCUAUUGAAACCCCCCGGGCGGUCCAUCCAUCCCACGAUCUACAGGCAGAGCGUCAACAGCAACUCCCUAUUCUCCUGCGACUAGGAGAGGAGUACUUCAUUCGGCUAGACAACUCCAAUCAAAAUUCGCUCCAGUCCUCAUCGCCGAACACAUCUCCUGGAGCUGCUGCGCCCUCAACAACGGUCAACAGGGCUUUACAACUUCAGCUCACGCAGCGCCUUCUGCAAGGUAAAUUCGGUGAUAUCAAUCGGUUUCUGAACAGCUACGCUAACCAGAUGGGAGAUUCCAUGGAAAGAGGAAAGAGGUCCGGGCCGGGCGAAGAGCCACCGAUCUCUUUGGACCUGACGUUCCACCUGCUGAGGGAAGUUCUAGAAAUGGCUCGAGCCGAGCAAUUAGCACAGCAGGCAAAUAGUAACCGAAAAAUGAUGGACAUAUUCGGGAAAUGA